AAGAUAUAAAAUUCCUUGAAACUGAUAUGGGGGAACAUAAACUAACGGUAGCAUUGUUGAUGUUCUUAUGGGCAACAUCAAGAGUUGCUGCCUCGGACUGCUCCACCGUGAUGGGGUUGAUCUCUGCCUGCACGGCCUUCAUCACUUAUGGUUCACCAGACCCUUACCCUGGUUCACCAUGCUGUGAUGCCAUGAUGAGCUUGAAUUUGCUUGGUGAUUCUACUGAAAACAGGAGAUUGGUGUGUAGAUGCCUACUUAGUCUCAUCAACACUUACAACCCCAAUGCCACAGCCAUCGCCACCCUGCCUGGCUUAUGUGGUGUCUCCUUGGGCUUCACCAUCGAUCCUAACACUGACUGCAACUUGUAUCAAUCUUUUUCUUCCUCUUUCUCUUCGGAAAAUAAUUAUUGCACGCACAUCAUGCUCAACAAAUGACAUGAUUCACUUUCAAUUUACAUACAUUAUUGGUUAUUAUGGCUUUUGGUAUAUUUAUAUGGCUCUUGGUAAUUUCAACAUGAUUAUGCAGUGUUCCAUAAGAUUAUGGCUAUUGAUGAGAUGCAAUUUCAAGGAGUAAGGCAUGUGGGAAAGGCCAAAUAAGAAGGCUGUCUUCAG